UUAGCAACGCCAUCAAUUUUUAUUUUUUAUUUUUUAUGUCUCCAUCAUUUAUUAAUUUUGGCGUGAAUCCUUUCUUCUGGUCGGGAACUUGUCCCCUUAAUAGUGGUCAAAUUACCUCAUUUUUCGCAAAAGUUGACUGCAAAAAGGAGUAGAAAUUUCCUUCUUAUGGCCAAAAUAUGCAUAUGGUCUUUUUCCUUUUUGAUUUUUCCUCGAGACACAAGAAAUCUUGUAUGACAAAGUAAGAGCCAUCACAUAAGGCAUAUAAAUUAAAUUGUCUUCAGGAUGAUGUGCACUUUGUCGUUAGUUUUGACCUUAUCUCUUCUAUUCAAUUAAUUCAUCACGUGAUAAAAAUAUUCCUCCACCAGUUGUCUCUUUAAAUGUGUGUAUGGCUAAUGCAUUUUCUAUGUGAAGGAGCUAGAGCUUUGAAUGAAAAUGGCAAUGGAAACUCGAAUCCUUGUAAUCCCUUUCCCAAUCCAAGGUCAUCUGAACCCGAUGCUCCAAUUAUCCAAACGUUUAGUCUCAAAAGGCCUCAAAGUAACACUAGUUUCUACCAAUUCAUCUCUCAAACCCAACAACAUUAUUUCCUCCAUCGAUUUUGAGUUCAUUAAUGACGGUUUCGACGCAGAACUAAACCCAGAAACCUUUGAUGAAUACAUUAAAUGUUUCAAAGUUGUUUUUCCUCAAAACCUUGCCAAGUUUAUGGAAAGCCGCAAAAGCUUGGGGUUUCCUUUUAAGUUUGUCGUCUAUGACUCAGGCAUGCCAUGGAUGUUAGAUGUGGCAAGAGAUUUGGGCAUGGAUGGAGCUCCAUUUUUCACUCAAUCUUGUGCAGUUAAUGCAGUUUACUAUCAUUUGGAUCAAGGGACAUUGAAAGUUCCUUCUGAAGGGUGUUCGGUAGCGUUGCCUUCGAUGCCAUUGCUAGGGAGUGAUGAUCUUCCGACGCUUGUUUAUGAAACUGACUCUCGACAGUCUCUGCGCGAAUUGAUUGUGAAUCAAAUGUUGAAUAUUCAUGAACCCAAUUGGAUCUUGUGUAACACUUUCGAUAAGCUGGAGGAAGAGGUUGUGAACUGGAUGAAAAUUCAAUGUCAAAUAAAGGCAGUUGGACCAACGGUUCCAUCAAAAUACAUGGACAAGAGAUUGGAGAAUGACAAUGACUAUGGCCUCAGCCUUUUCAAACCAUACAGCGAGACUUGCAAGACAUGGCUAGACUCAAAGGCAAUCAACUCUGUCGUUUAUGUGUCGUUCGGAAGCUUGGCGGCCGUAGGAGAAGAGCAGAUGGAAGAAAUAGCAUGGGGGCUGAGGAGAAGCAACAGCUUCUUCUUGUGGGUAGUGAGGGAAUCCGAAUCCCAAAAGCUUCCGAAAAAUUUCUCCGAGGAAACAUCCGAUAAAGGUUUGGUUGUGAGUUGGAGUCCUCAACUUGAAGUUCUGGCUCACAAGUCAGUGGGUUGUUUCAUGACACAUUGUGGGUGGAACUCAACGCUCGAGGCGCUGAGCUUGGGGGUGCCAAUGGUGGCAAUACCUCAAUGGACAGAUCAAACGACAAAUGCUAAGUAUGUUGAAGAUGUGUGGCAGAUUGGGGUUAGAGUAAAAGUUAAUGAAAAAGGAAUUGUCACAAGAGAGGAGAUUGAGGUUUGUAUAAGGGAAGUCAUGGAAGGAGGGAGAUCAAAGGAUUUCAGAAGGAAUUCGGAGAAGUGGAAGGAAUUGGCAAAAGAGGCAGUAGAUGAAGGUGGAAGCUCUGAUAAGAACUUGGAAGAAUUUGUAGCUGCAAUUGUUUCCACCUGAUGGAUGCUAAUGUAAAUUUGUGAAUCUUAGUGAUUCUUUUGUGUAAUGAAUUUUUAUGUCUUGUUCCUAGAA